GAAGACAACCACUUAAGACCACAGUUCUCUUGUAAGUGCUCCUCAGAUAAUUACCCUUCACAUUCCAGAGGACUUCACUUUUAGGAUUUUUUUCCUCACAGAAGAACGUGUUCCACUGGAUAUUUAGGUGCCUGCCAGAAAGAAGGAACCAGCUUGAUUAGCCCCUGAGUCUGUCCUGGAGGUAAGGAGAAAGCUCAAGGUCAGUCAGGCCAUCCAAUGACAUCCACCAUGUCCCCUUGUUUCAGGCAAGAAAGGACCUGUCUGCUUCCUACUAGCUCAUGGACGAGAAAAACCAGGGUGGCAGGCCACUGAGAAGGGCCUGGCUCUCCGGCACUUGCGAAAGGCUUGAGGGAGGAACGGAAAGUGGAGGGUGGAGUGGAGGACAGUCUUGGCACUGAGGCCUUUGGCUUAUCAGCCCCAGGUUUGGACUUCCUGUGGUAGCUGUUUGGGACUGGCUAAUGAUUAAUGAGGAAAUAUGUCCCUUUGGGGCACUCAUACCAUCCUGGAGUGUGGAACCUAUUGGCACCUCUGUUUAUAACCCGGCCAGUGACGUGGCAGAACAAUUUCAUAAGGCACUUCCUGUAAGCCGGUGAAGAGGGACUGGGGGGACUCUUUAAGGGCCAGAAGGAAUUUGUUCUUGAGUGUGUGGAUAGUGGACACAGACCAAGAAGGCUUUCGGAAACGGAGUGUCCGCUGAAGUCCUGAUGAGAAGAUCAAGUGCCCGAGGGUGAGGAAGGCCAUGAUGAGAUGGAGGGCUGCUGGAAAGGUAUUCCCACCCUGCUGGUGGUCCUGGCUGUGCUGGCAGCUUCUGGAUCCAGCUAUCAAAUCGUAGAAGGCCCCAAGAAUGCAACAGUGCUCAAGGGCUCAGAGGCCCGCUUCAACUGCACCGUGUCGCAGGGCUGGAUGCUGAUCAUGUGGGCGUUGAAUGGCACGGUGGUUCUGAGCCUCACCCCCAAGGAGCCCAUCAUCACAAACAACCGCUUCACCUCUGCCAGUUACGAAGUGGACGGGAACUUCGUCUCGGAGAUGAUCAUCCAUGACGUGCAGCUCAGUGAUGCAGGCCACAUCAAAUGCAGCCUUCAGAACAGUGACCGGGAUGGCUCUGCAUAUCUUUCAGUCCAAGUUAUGGGAACGUUGCUCAUUCCCAGUAGUCUCGUAGUCACUGAGGAUGAGCCCUGUAACGUUACUUGUCGCGCAGUGGGCUGGCUUCCACUCCCAGACAUUGUCUGGGAGAUCGGUGUUCCCGUAAGCCAUUCCAGCUAUUACUCCUUCCCCGAGCCUGACGACCUUCAAAGUGCAGUCAGCAUCCUCACUCUCACGCCACAAGGCGAUGGGACUUUAACUUGUGUGGCUAAUUUGAAGGGCCUGGACGUUCACAAGUCUGCCGCUGUUAACCUUACUGUCAUUGAGCCUCCUUCAGGCAAUGCUGAUAAACCAGGCACAUCAUUGCCUACCUGGGCAAUAAUUCUCCUUGCUGUAUUAUUUUCAUUGCUUUUGAUCCUGAUAAUUGUUCUGAUUAUAAUAUUCUGCUGCUGUGUCUCCAGGAGAGAGAAAAAAGAAUCUAGUUAUCAAAGUGAAAUAAGGAAAUCUGCAAAUGUGAAAACAAACAAAGAAAUGAUGGAGACAAAGAUAAAAAGUGGAAAUGAAAACUACGGAUACAGGGCAGAUGAAUCGAGGACCACAAAGAUUUCUUCUCUCCCUCCAAAGUCCUAUGAACCCAGUGUUCCGGUACAAUGCAGCACCACGUAUCCUCAACAGGGACCUGAUGGACAUCAGCCGGCCCCAGUGACUCGUCCACAUGUUUCGUUUAUUAUGGCCAGUCCUAGGAAGGUCAGGAACGUAACAUUGGUAUGACGAAGACUUUCCUUGGGCUCCAGUUUGCACUUGGCUGAUGGUUCACAGCAUGAAAAUGUCAACAUUUUCGUCCUAACACUGGGCUCAAGUUUUGCCAACAUUAUCUGGAAGAGCUGAUGUUGGCAUCGUUGAAACUGAUAUUCUAUACCAAAAAAAACCCAAACCCACUGCCGUCGAGUUGAUUCCGACUCAAAGCGACCCUAUAGGACAGGGUAGAACUGCCCUGUAGAGUUUCCAAGGAGCGCCUGGCAGAUUCGAACUGCCGACCUCUUGGUUGAUAGCUGUAGCACUUAACCACUACGCCACCAGGGUUUCCUGAUAUUCUAUAGUGAGAGAAAAAACAACUUUCCCAGCUUCCAAAGUAGAAUUUGACUUUUAAAAUGUUUCAAAAUUUCAGUGAAUUCCUUAAAGUUACUGAGAAAAAGAUGCAAAUUCAUCGUGAUACAAUUUCUCAUCACUCAACACUCCUGCUUGCUAAUUCAAUAAGUGAUAGACAUGUCUAUGUUUUACCAUGAUUUAAAAAUGUUUUUAUUAUCCUAAAUCACAUUGAGAUGAUAUUUAUGUGUGCUUAAUAUGUGGGGUUGUAUUGUGGGUGGGCUAUCAGUGAAAUAAGAGGAUAAAUAUUAAGAGUUAGUCACAUAUCUGAAAUUGGCAAGUCAGAACAAUUAUAGGUAAAAAAUAACAUUAGGUUCUAAAGCUGAUGUACACCUUCCUAAAUAUCUCAGUGUUGAAUAUUUACAUGAAGACAUUCAUUUUUAUGUGCUCCUUUAUCAGGCUGUUCUUGCAUCUUCAAAUGAGUUAGAUAUGGAUUAUGCUUUGUGAGAAUGUAUUUCACAUAUUACAAAUGCCGUGAAAAAAUUGCAAAUGGGCAAUGUGUUCUUUAAUAAACAAAAAAGAAAACACCAAAAGCUUGUAUUGCUUUUUUUUUAAACUCUUUAUUUUCAGCAGAGCUUCCAGACUAAGAUGUCUACGGAGAAAAGCCUGGUGAUCUACUUCCAAAAAUCAGCCAGUGAAAGCACUAUGGAUCACAAUGGUCUGACCCUAUUGUGCAUGGGGUUGCCAUAAGUCGAGGGUCCCAUGUGAUGGCAGCUAACAACAACAACAAUUCAGGUGGAAGUUUAAAGAAUUAAUGAUGUUUUUCAUCUCAUAACGUGGAGGAAUCUGGAAGACAUUAUGCUGAGUGAAAUUAGUCAAUAGCAAAGGGACAAAUAUUGUAUGAGACCACCAUUAUAAGAACUCAAGAAAUAGUUUAAACACGGAAGAAAAUAUUCUUUGAUGGUUACAGGGUGGGGAGGGAGGGAAAGGGGUAUUUACUAAUUAGAUAGUAGACAAGAACUAUUUUAGGUGAAGGGAAAGACAACAUACAGAAGAGGUCAGCACAACUGGACUAAACCAAAAGCAAAGAAGCUUCCUGAAUACAACUGAACUCUUCAAAGGCCAGAGUAGCAGGGACGGGGUCUGGGGACCAUGGUUUCAGGGAACAUCUAGGUCAAUUGGCAUAACAAAAUGUAUUAAGAAAACAUUCUGCUUCCCACUUUGGUGAGUGGCAUCUGGGGUCUUAAACGCUAGCAAGCGGCCACCUAAGAUGCAUCAAUUUGUCUCAGUCCACCUAGAGCAAAGAAGAAUGAAGAACA